AUGAAAUUAUCUCUGUCCGAGCAGCUACCUUCUCGAUGCAUGACGAAUCAUAAGCGUCAGGAGCCUGCACAAUGCGUGGAACUCUCUGGAGUGUCAGACCCCGUGGUUCGGUACAUCGGACCGAGCAUGCUACUACCACUAUUUCCCUUUGAAAACUUGGAAUUGGAACAUAUCCUCGAAUCCUCAUCUGUUCAUCCAGUUUCCUCCCCAUUAACCGUCUCCUUAUCUUUGCGACUCUCUAUGAAUACCGACCGUCUAAGUAAUGGUAUACCUCUACGACGAUGGGCUCGCGUUCGAAACAUCAGUAGCGAGGAGACGCCUGCGUUGAAACGGAGUGUUUUCUUGGGUUGUUGUCUACCGAAGAUUGGUUACUUCCUAGUCCUACCGCAGUACUGGCUCACGUGGACAUUUGAAAUAUCCAUCCUUCUCCCUUCAAUAGCCAGUCGAUUGACAAUAACAACCGUGAAGUCACCACCGCUCAAAUUUGCAAUUGCUCAACUUCAGAAACCUUCUCCGCCCACCACGAAGUUUUAUCGAGGUGCCGAAUCCACUAGAGCGCGCUGGCGUCAAGACCUGUAG